AAACCCUUAUCCGUCGCCUAUAUAAGCGUGGAUCGUUGCUUGUCUGCAAGCACAUUUCAGAACUGACUUUCAGAGUAACUCGACAGUGUGCAGUGUUGAUACAACUUCAAAAUGCCUGAUCCCUGCUGUAACGAGAAAUGCGUUUGUGCCGAGGGUGGCUGCACGAAGGGCUGCAAGUGCACAAGCUGCAAAUGCGCCCCGUGUGAGAAAUGCUCGUCUGGCUGCGCGUGUUCAUCCAAGGAGAAGUGCGCGACGAGAUGCACGAAGCCAUGCAGCUGUUGCCCAUAGACGUAUGAUUCGACUGCUGCAUUCUGCAUGACUAAGCAAGGGAAAUAUUAAUUCUUCUGUUUUGUUUCUCGUAUGUUAUGACUGAAUUAUCGGAAUGUUUGCCUAAAUGAAAGAAUGUGAAAAGGUGGUUUUUAAUUCUCAUUCUAUAUAUAAAAUGUCGGCAUUCCUGCCACAAAUAUUUAUAUAUGUGAGGGAGAAGAAAACAUUGAUUUUCUGCCAAUCCUUUCAUUGGCAACUCCUUCACGUGUUUAUCUCUCACUCUCAAGUUUUUUUUUCUCUCUCUUACUUAAGGCCAGACUGACCAAUCAAUAUCUGACUCUCCAUAGGAAAAAUCUAGGAAAUCGAAAAAGUGAACUUCCAAACAGGAUGUAUAGAAUUCGUUCAGUUUUGAACAUUAUAAGAUUGGAAUACGAAACUUCAUCAUUCUCUCUUGUAUAAUAAUAAAAUGUCUAUCCAUCUA